AUGAGCGGUGACAGAGAAAUGAUGAUUUUUGGACAGGCUGCACAGUUUCUGCGUAAGUCAGAGAAAGAGCGAAUUGAAGCUCAAAACCAGCAAUUUGAUGCCAAAACCUUCUGCUAUGUUGUGGAUAGCAAAGAAUUGUAUGUGAAAGGAAUUAUCCAGAGCAAAGAUGGGAAGAACGUCACUGUCAAAACAGGGGGAGGAAAUGUUGUUACUGUGAAGGAAGACGAUGUGUAUCCUAUGAAUCCUCCUAAAUUUGAUAAACUUGAAGACAUGGCAUUACUUACUCACCUUAAUGAGCCAUCUGUCUUGUAUAAUCUGAAGGAGCGGUAUGCAGCCUGGAUGAUCUAUACUUACUCGGGACUAUUUUGUGUUACUGUAAACCCCUACAAGUCGCUGCCAGUGUACAACCCUGAGGUGGUUAAUGCGUACAGAGGCAAGAAGCGCAUGGAGACUCCACCUCACAUCUUUUCCAUCUCUGACAACGCCUAUCAAUUCAUGUUGACUGAUCGUGAAAAUCAGUCUAUUCUUAUCACCGGAGAGUCUGGAGCGGGAAAAACUGUGAACACGAAACGGGUCAUCCAGUAUUUUGCAACAAUUGCUGCUGCUGGGGAUUCUGGGAAGAAGAAGGAAGCAUCUGGAAGCAAAAUGCAGGGUACUCUAGAGGAUCAGAUCAUCCAAGCUAAUCCUCUUCUGGAAGCUUUUGGAAAUGCCAAGACUGUGAGAAAUGAUAACUCAUCGCGUUUUGGGAAAUUCAUCAGGAUUCAUUUUGGAGCUACAGGAAAACUGGCAUCAGCGGAUAUUGAGACCUAUUUGCUUGAAAAAUCCAGAGUAACUUUCCAGCUUGCAAACGAAAGGAGCUACCAUAUAUUUUACCAGAUCCAAUCUAAUAAGAAGCCAGAUAUUGUGGACAUGCUAUUGGUCACAACCAACCCUUAUGAUUACCACUACACCAGCCUAGGAGAAAUCUCUGUCAAAAGCAUUGAUGAUGCAGAGGAACUAAUGGCCACAGAUGAGGCAAUAGACAUCCUUGGUUUUAAUCCAGAGGAGAAGAUGGGUAUCUACAAACUGACAGGAGCUGUGAUGCACUACGGCAAUAUGAAGUUUAAACAGAAGGCGCGGGAGGAGCAGGCAGAGGCAGAUGGCACAGAAGAUGCAGAUAAAGUGUCUUAUCUUAUGGGACUCAACUCAUCAGAAUUGGUUAAAUCACUUUGCAAUCCCAGGGUCAAAGUUGGAAAUGAAUAUGUCACAAAAAGUCAGAAUGUUCAGCAGGUGUACAAUUCCAUUGGUGCCCUGGCAAGGUCGGUUUACGAGAAACUGUUUUUAUGGAUGGUAACGCGAAUCAAUCAACAGCUGGACACAAAGCAAUCAAGACAAUAUUUUAUUGGUGUCUUGGAUAUUGCAGGUUUUGAAAUCUUUGAUAUGAACACAUUUGAACAGCUUUGUAUCAACUUCACUAACGAGAAACUGCAACAGUUUUUCAACCAUCACAUGUUUGUCCUGGAGCAGGAGGAAUACACUAAAGAAGGUAUUGAAUGGGAAUUCAUAGACUUUGGGAUGGAUUUGGCCGCUUGUAUUCAGCUCAUCGAAAAGCCAAUGGGAAUCUUUUCUAUUCUUGAAGAAGAAUGCAUGUUUCCAAAGGCAUCUGAUACCACGUUUAAGAACAAGCUUUAUGACCAGCAUCUUGGCAAGUCACCUAAUUUCCAGAAGCCCAAACCGGGCAAAGGAAAAGCAGAGGCCCACUUCUCUCUGGUGCAUUAUGCCGGCACUGUAGAUUACAAUAUUACUGGGUGGCUGGAGAAAAAUAAAGACCCACUGAAUGAGACAGUGGUUACUCUGUACCAGAAGUCAUCAGUAAAACUUCUAGCCUCUCUCUUUUCCACGUUUUCAACUGAAACAGCCAGCAGUGGGGGCAAAGCUGGGAGUAAGAAGAAAGGUUCCUCCUUCCAGACUGUGUCAGCGAUGUUCAGGGAAAAUCUGAACAAACUAAUGGCUAAUUUAAGAACAACUCAUCCUCACUUUGUACGUUGUUUGAUACCAAAUGAGACCAAAACCCCAGGUAUGAUGGAUAAUGAGCUAGUUAUUCAUCAGUUGAGAUGCAACGGUGUGCUGGAAGGAAUUAGAAUUUGCAGAAAAGGAUAUCCAAGCAGAAUUCAUUAUGGAGACUUCAAACAGAGAUAUAAAGUACUAAAUGCGAGUGCAAUACCAGACGGGCAAUUCAUUGACAGCAAAAAGGCCUGUGAAAAACUCCUUAGCUCCAUAGACAUUGACCAUACCCAAUAUAAGUUUGGACAUACUAAGGUAUUUUUUAAAGCUGGACUCUUGGGAGUUCUUGAAGAAAUGAGAGAUGAACGCCUUGCUCAGCUGAUAACUCGCACCCAGGCAAUUUGCAGAGGAUUUCUUAUGAGAGAAGAAUUUAAGAAAAUGUUGGAGAGAAGAGAUGCCAUUACUACAAUUCAGUAUAAUGUUCGGUCGUUCAUGAAUGUGAAGCAUUGGCCAUGGAUGAAAUUGUACUUCAAGAUCAAACCUCUACUGAAGAGUGCUGAGACUGAAAAAGAGUUGCACAAUCUGAAAGAAGAGGUUGAAAAGCUUAAAGAUGAACUUGCUAAAUCAGAAGCAAAGAGAAAAGAGACUGAAGAGAAAAUGGUGUCGCUUAUGCAAGAGAAGAAUGACCUGCUACUCCAAGUAGAUUCGGAAAACCAGAGUCUGGCUGAUGCAGAAGAAAGAUGUGAUGAACUCAUUAAAAAUAAGAUUCAGCUGGAAGGUAAAAUAAAAGAACUUCAAGAGAGAUUAGAGGAUGAAGAAGAAAUGAGUUCAGAUCUUUCAACACGGAAGAGAAAAUUAGAAGAUGAGACGAUGGAACUCAAAAAGGAUAUUGAUAAUUUGGAACUUACACUGAGUAAGGUUGAAAAAGAAAAACAUGCAACUGAAAACAAGGUUAAGAACCUGACAGAAGAAAUGGCUGCACUUGAUGAAAGCAUUGUCAAGCUGAGCCGGGAGAAGAAGGCUCUUCAGGAAGUCCAUCAGCAGACACUUGAUGAUCUCCAGGCAGAGGAAGACAAAGUCAGCAGUGUUACUAAACUGAAGAUUAAGCUGGAGCAGCAAGUUGAUGAUCUGGAAGGAAGUCUUGAGCAGGAGAAGAAACUGCGCAUAGACCUUGAAAGGACCAAACGGAAGCUUGAAGGAGACCUGAAACUUAGCCAGGAAGCAAUUAUGGACCUUGAGAACAGCCAAGUGAACAUGGAUGAUAAGCUUAAAAAGAAGGACUUUGAAGUGGAUGAGUUGCAAAGAAAAGUUGAAGAUGAGCAGAUAAUUAAUGCUCAGCUGCAGAAAAAGAUUAAAGAACUCCAGGCUAAUAAUGAAGAGCUGCAAGAGGAGAUAGAGUCGGAAAGAGCCACUCGAGCUAAAAUUGAGAAACAGCGGGCGGAUCUUUCCAGAGAAUUAGAAGAUAUCAGUGAAAAAAUGGAAGAGGCUGGAGGAGCAAGUGCAGUCCAAAUAGAAAUGAAUAAAAAGAGAGAGGCAGAAUUUUUUAAAAUGCGCAGAGAUCUAGAGGAGUCAACAUUGCAACACGAAGUGUUGCUUGCCGGCCUACGGAAAAAGCAAGCCGAUAGCAUGGCAGAACUGGGGGAGCAGGUGGAAAACCUUCAGCGUAUCAAACAGAAACUUGAGAAAGAGAAGGCUGAGGGCAAAAUGGAAAUAGAUGAUCUGGCCAGUAAUAUGGAAUCUGUUUCUAAGUCCAAGGCUAAUCUAGAAAAGAUGUGUCGUUCGUUAGAAGAUCAGCUUGCGGAAAAGAAGAGUCAACAUGAUGAAAAUCUUCGUGUGAUGAAUGAUUUUUUAACUCAAAAGGCUCGUCUCCAGAAUGAAAACGGUCAACUAUCUCAUAUUUUAGAAGAGAAAGAAGCUUUCAUUUCUCAAUUAAGUAGAGGCAAAGUGGCUUUUACCCAGCAAACUGAGGAUUUUAAGAGACAACUGGAGGAUGAAACAAAGGCCAAAAAUGCUCUUGCCCAUGCAUUACAAUCAUCACGUCAUGACUGUGACCUACUCCGUGAGCAAUAUGAUGAGGAGCAGGAGACAAAAGCCGAUCUUCAGCGUAUGCUCUCUAAGGCCAACAAUGAAGUAUCUCAGUGGAGAACCAAGUAUGAAACUGAUGCUAUUCAACGUACUGAAGAACUAGAGGAAGCUAAAAAGAAACUCGCUCAACGUCUUCAAGAGGCAGAGGAGCAUGUUGAAGCUCUAAAUGCCAAAUGUUCAUCUCUUGAAAAGACUAAACAGAGACUACAGAUGGAAGUAGACGAUUUGAUGAUGGAGGUAGAAAGAUCUAAUGCGGCAGCAGCAGCUCUAGACAAGAAACAAAGAAACUUUGAUAAGAUCCUAGCUGAGUGGAAGCAGAAGUCAGAGGAAACCCAGGCUGAACUGGAAAUGUCUCAAAAAGAGUCAAGAAGUUUAAGCACAGAGUUCUUCAAGCUGAAAAAUGCCUAUGAAAUGGCUCUUGAUCAGCUCGAAACUGUUAAAAGAGAGAACAAGAAUCUUCAACAGGAAAUCUCAGACCUCACAGAUCAGAUUGGUGAGGCUGGAAAGAACAUCAAUGAAUUAGAAAAAGCUAAGAAGCAGGUUGAUCAGGAAAAAAUAGAUCUUUUGUCAGCUUUGGAAGAAGCAGAGGGAAGUCUGGAACAUGAAGGAGCAAAAGUUCUACGGAUCCAGUUGGAAUUAAGCCAGGUAAUAUCAGAGGUUGACAGAAAAAUAGCUGAAAAAGAUGAAGAAAUUGAUCAGCUUAAGCGAAACAGUCAGAGGAUGAUUGACUCACUUAACGGCACUCUGGAGUCUGAAAUUCGAAGCAAAAAUGAUGCUCUGCGAGCUAAGAAGAAAAUGGAAGGAGAUAUUAAUGAGAUGGAGAUACAGCUGAGUCAUGCAAAUCGCCAAUUAGCAGAAAGUCAGAAGCAGGUCAAAAAUAUUCAAGCACAGCUGAAGGAUGUGCAACUGCAGAUAGAUGAACUGGCUCAUGCAAAUGACGAUCUGAAGGAACAGGUAGGUCUUGCAGAACGUAGGAACCUCCUACAGCAGACAGAGAUAGAGGAGCUACGAGCAAGCCUAGAACAGACAGAUCGGGCACGCAAAGUGGCAGAGCAGGAACUCCUUGAUGCUAGUGAGCGUGUGCAACUGUUGCAUACUCAGAACACAGGUCUGAUCAAUGCAAAAAAGAAGCUGGAAAGUGAUGUAACCCAGCUUCAGUCUGAAGCUGAAGACGCUGUUCAGGAGCUGAGGAACGCAGAAGAAAAAGCAAAGAAAGCUAUUACUGAUGCUGCCAUGAUGGCUGAAGAACUGAAGAAGGAGCAGGACACCAGCGCUCACCUUGAGAGAAUGAAGAAGAAUAUUGAGCAGACUGUGAAGGAUCUGCAGCAUCGUUUGGAUGAAGCUGAGCAGUUGGCACUGAAAGGUGGGAAGAAGCAGCUCCAAAAGUUGGAGGCCAAAGUACGUGAGCUGGAAAAUGAGCUGGAAGCUGAACAAAAGCUGAGCAACGAGGCUACAAAGGGAUAUCGAAAGGUAGAAAGGAAACUUAAGGAAGUGACUUACCAGUCAGAAGAAGAUAAAAAGAAUGUUGUGAGAUUGCAAGAUCUGGUGGAUAAGUUGCAGGCUAAACUUAAAUCCUAUAAGAGACAAGCUGCAGAGUCGGAUGAACAGACCAAUGUUCACCUCUUAAAGCUGAGAAAACUUCAACAUGAGCUGGACGAGGCUGAAGAACGAGUGGAUAUUGCAGAAUCCCAGCUCAGUAAGAUCAGGGCAAAGAGCCGAGAUUUCAGUGUGAAGGUGAAGGAAAGUGAAGCCUAAUUUGCACAGAAAUGUCUUAAAGUGAUGAAAGAUGCCCUUUUUGUGUAUUGUGCAUUGUACACAAUAAAAAAUAUUUCUUAAAGUUA